AUGGCGUCGUUAAACCCAACCUCCUUUCCGUCCUUCCCUAUCUCGGGGAUACGUUUUCCCAACUCACACAUCAUAUCUGCCGCGCUUGACUAUGCCAAGCGGCACACCACCUCAAUCACGGUGAAUCACUGCCUCCGCAGUACCGCAUUCGCGCUACUCCUACGCAAGAAGCUGCCGCAGUUCGCUGAGAUAGCCGACGAGGUCGACACCGAGAUGGUUGUCCUCAGUGGUAUCCUGCAUGACAUGGGCUGGGCCACAACCAAGUCCCUCGUUUCCAAGGAUAAGCGAUUUGAGGUCGACGGGGCUAAUAUCGCCCGCGACUUCAUAAUCGCCCACUCUCAGACAGAAGAGGGCUGGGACAAGGGCGGCCGACGAUUGCAAAUGGUCUGGGACGCCAUCGCGCUGCAUGGGGUAGCGUCAAUCGCGCCGUACAAGGAGCCCGAAGUUGCUCUUGUGCACUUUGGCAUCAUGGCCGAUUUCCUUGGGCCGAAUUUCCCCGGCGGCGCCGUCUCCGUAGAAGAGUACAAGGAGGUUGUCGCGGCGUUUCCACGUGUCGGGUUCACCGAUGCACUGGUUCAGACCAUGUGUGGAUUAUGCAGGGACAAGCCGGAGACCACCUUCGACAACGAUGUCAAGGAGUUUGGACUUGCUUUUGGGUUCGAUGGCAAGGGUACGGGGAAAGAAGACUUCCGUAGGAAGUUGGAGGGGAUUCAUCUCGCAGAGAGGUUCGCGGGUGCGCUGGCUGCAUGCGACGAGAUUCAGUAG